UUUCAAACCAGAGGGAUUGGCAAGAAAUUCCGGGUAGAUAUGCCUGGUUCCGGCAGUGCCUUCAUCCCCACCAUCAACGCCAUCACUACCAGCCAGGACCUGCAGUGGAUGGUGCAGCCCACAGUGAUAACCUCCAUGUCCAGCCCGUACUCCCGCUCACACCCCUACAGCCCCCUGCCGGGCCUGGCCUCUGUCCCUGGGCACAUGGCCCUCCCACGACCUGGCGUAAUCAAGACCAUUGGCACCACCGUGGGCCGCAGGAGGAGAGAUGAGCAGCUAUCUCCUGAAGAGGAGGAGAAGCGUCGAAUCCGGAGGGAGAGGAACAAGCUGGCUGCGGCCAAGUGCCGGAAUCGCCGCCGGGAACUGACGGAGAAGCUGCAGGCGGAGACUGAGGAGCUGGAAGAAGAGAAAUCUGGCCUGCAGAAGGAGAUUGCCGAGCUGCAGAAGGAGAAGGAGAAGCUAGAGUUCAUGCUGGUGGCCCAUGGGCCGGUGUGCAAGAUCAGCCCCGAGGAGCGCCGAUCUCCCCCAGUCCCUGGGCUGCAGGGCUUGCGCAGUGGGGGCGGUGGAGUGGGUGCUGUGGUGGUGAAACAGGAGCCCUUGGAAGACGACAGCCCCUCGUCCUCAUCAGCAGGGCUGGACAAGGCCCAGCGCUCCGUCAUCAAGCCCAUCAGCAUUGCGGGGGGCUUCUAUGGGGAGGAGCCUCUCCACACCCCCAUCGUGGUGACCUCCACACCCGCCAUCACGCCAGGCACUUCGAACCUCGUCUUCACCUACCCCAGCGUCCUGGAGCAGGAGUCCCCAGCGUCGCCCUCUGAGUCCUGCUCCAAGGCCCAUCGCAGAAGCAGUAGCAGUGGGGACCAGUCAUCAGACUCCUUGAACUCCCCGACUCUGCUGGCUCUGUAACCCAGUGGAUCUCUCCUCCCUAGCUCCGGAAGGGGGCCUCAUCACUGCCUCCUUCCCAGGGACUAGCACCUUCGAGCACUCCAGGGCUGUGAGGGUUAACAGCCUGCCGAAGAGCUUCCCGGCUCUGGGGAGACCCCGCUGGGAUUUGGCCAUGAGGCGUUGAAGGACCUUGGGAUGAUCUCUUGGAAAUCAUGGGACCUCUUCCCUCAUCAUUCAUCUUGCAAGCAAAUCCUGUUUCUUGAAAAGCCUUGGAGAACUUGGUUUAGUAGACUCAGACAUCUCUCUGGUUUCUGAAGAUCCUGAAGCUGGUCUGGACCAUACCUGUCUCUUUGUUACAAUGUUGUCUCUGGAGUGAUGGUGCCCUUCCCAUCCCCACCCAGCAUGCUCAGUGCCUUUUGGUUCCACCUUCCGUCUCAUGGCCCUUUCCUUGCUCCAGUGUCAAUCUUACUCCUUCUUGGUUAUUAUCAAAUUUGCCAUGACAUUUCAUCUGGGUGGUCUGAAUAUUAAAGCUCUUCAUUUCUGGAGCUGGGACAGCAGGUGACUCUUCUGCGGGGGCUGACUUGUCCAGAUGGGACAGUCAAUGUGCAAUACAGAACAUUCACUCCCCUAACACUGGUCCACCACCAUCUCCAGAACCACCAAUAGGGCUCCCUGAGCUCACACAUAGAUGCCACCAUCACUGUGAGGCUCCAAGGACCAUUCCUCUCCAUCCUUAGAGACAACUCUUGGUGGAGUGGCUUGGCCAGAAGAUAGGGUGUGAGUGAGACAGUCAGGGCACAGGUUGGGUUUGCCAAACGCCUAAUUACCAGGUCAGGAAUAGUGCCAACAAAGCCACACGGUGUGCUAGCCAGCUUCCCUUCACCAGGUGUCUUGAGCUGAGCAGGGCGUCUCCUGUAAUUACUGCCUCUCCAUUUCUCACCUGGACCCUUCUUUCCAGACCAGGGAGGCGUCCCUCCCUAGGAACCACACAUGGCUCCAAGUCUCUGCCCUUGCCCGUCCCUGGCUCUCGGGGUGACGCCACCCACAGAGGUUUAAUGAGCGUGGGCCUGGACCCUCCUCACAUUGCUGCUGGGUGGCCCCUCCCCAAGCCUCAAAGGAGCAUUUACUGUGGAUAGAAAAAGCAGGGAGGGAGGCAGG